UAAACAGUCUCUCUCUUGCAUGUGCCCAGGAGGUCAAAGCUCCACAGAAAGCGUUCUGGGUUUGACCUCUCCUUUUGCCCCCAGCACAGCAGUGAAUCCUAUAUCAGAUUUGACUGUUAGUCCUACUUUGACAUCUGACACCCCAAAGAGUCCAACUGAAAGAGGUCAAAGCUCCACAGACAGUGUUGUGAAUUCAAACGGUCAGAAAAGAGUUUUGGCGGUGCAAUUAUGGCAGGCAGCAGUGGGUAUGGCUUCUGGAGUGGGUGUGUUCCUGAUGGGAUUGACAGCUGUCUGUCUCUGCAGGAGGACCAGUGAGUACUUCUGA